CGGGGCGCUGUUGGCUGCGCGCGCAGCCGGGCUCGCUCGCUCCAGUCCCGGCGCCGGAGUCACCUUGGUCCCGGCCCGGCCGGACCCGGCGAUGGCGGCGGCGGCGGCGCCCGAGCGGCCCCAAACCUCCCCCAAGGCCGUGAAGUUCCUGUUCGGGGGCCUGGCCGGCAUGGGGGCCACUGUGUUUGUGCAGCCCCUGGACCUGGUGAAGAACCGAAUGCAGCUGAGCGGGGAAGGAGCCAAGACCAAAGAGUACAAAACCAGCUUUCAUGCAGUCAGGAGCAUCCUCAGGAAGGAAGGAGUCCGCGGCAUCUACACUGGGCUGUCGGCAGGGCUCCUGAGACAGGCGACCUACACCACCACCCGCCUGGGCAUCUACACCAUCCUCUUUGAGAGGCUCACCAAGGCGGACGGCACGCCGCCCAACUUCUUCAUGAAGGCGGGGAUCGGGAUGACGGCUGGCGCCACCGGGGCCUUUGUGGGCACGCCGGCUGAAGUGGCGCUCAUCAGGAUGACGGCGGAUGGCAGGCUGCCCCGUGACCAGAGGAGAGGCUACACCAACGUCUUCAACGCACUGCUGAGGAUAACCCGCGAAGAGGGCGUUCUGACACUCUGGCGGGGCUGUGUCCCCACCAUGGCCAGAGCGGUGGUUGUGAACGCUGCCCAGUUAGCCUCCUACUCUCAGUCCAAGCAGUUCUUGCUGGGUUCCGGUUACUUCCGAGACAACAUCUUCUGCCAUUUCUGUGCCAGUAUGAUCAGCGGGCUGGUGACCACGGCUGCUUCAAUGCCGGUGGAUAUCGCUAAGACCAGGAUUCAGAACAUGCGGAUGAUAGACGGGAAGCCGGAGUACAAGAAUGGGCUGGAUGUGCUGCUGAAAGUCAUCCGCUACGAGGGGUUCUUCAGCCUCUGGAAGGGCUUCACCCCCUACUACGCCCGCCUGGGCCCCCACACGGUCCUGACCUUCAUCUUCCUCGAGCAGAUGAACAUAUUCUACAAGAAGUUCUUCCUCAGUGCCUAAGAGGAGGUCCUGCCCUGCCGCUGCUGGGCGCCCCCUCCCCAGAGCGCAGCCCCUCCGCCAGGCCAGCGUCUGCCUGCUGCUGGGGAACCAGCCCCGGCUCUCACUGGGGUCUGAAGCAAGGAUCCGGCUGGAGCCCCUCCCCUUCCUCUGUGUUUGGUGUCAGUCACGUCACAGUUCUUCCCUGUUUCCCAAAUCACGUGAAAGGAUCGGCGGGGAGGAUGGCACAGCUUCUGUAUGGACUGGGGUGGGGUGCUCCAGACGACUCUGGAUUAUUUAUUUGGGGGGUUCGAGACUGGGCCAGUUACUUUGGAACGCAAACCCUCGGGUGGCAAUGGCCGACCCGCAUGCGAGGUGUAGGUCUGUGCGUUGGGCCGAGCUUUUUAUCUUGUCUCUCCCCCUUCUAUUUGCUUUGAACUCAGUAAACAGAUCAUGGUCCUA